AUGAGCUCAGCUCAGCAGCUGCUCCGGUCUCACAGAGAUGUGCUGCUGAACUGGACGUGUGACCAUCCGGCGCCCCUGCUGCGUUGGCUCCGUGAUGCUGGGGUGCUCUCCCCCUCCGACUACCUGUCUGUGCUGGAGAGGACACCUUCUAAUGCUGUGGCCCAGGCACUGGAGACUGCAUGUGCCACUGAGGACAACAGCAAAAAAUUCCUGCUGGUGCUGAGGGACGUUCAGGAUUAUUACUGCAGAGACCUGCAGGACUGGGUGGGGAACCACUGCAGAAAUGAUAUCAUCAGUAAACCACAUGUUGUACCUGGAGAGGUUGGACCUGCUGAAGAUGAAAUAACAUCUAAGAAGAGUCUGAAGCCCAACAUCAGAGUUUCCAUUUCUGCUCAUAAAACAACCUUGCUGAAACGCACAGAGCAGUUUAAGUGUUACUCAGAGGGAAGCGCAGAUGCUUCAAACUCUGCUUCUCACAUCGAGAUCCGCUACACCGACCUGUUCGUGACAGAAGAUGACGACUUUGUCGACAAUAGCCAACACGAAUACUUUGCCUUAGAGCGCAGGCGAGCCCGUAUCUAUGUCCACCAGGCCUGUCAGCGCAUCCGACCAUGCGAUCUCUUCAGCCCCCAAGAAACAUCAGGACGGGCCCCCAAAAGGGUGAAGGUGAAAGGUAUUGCAGGGAUUGGAAAGAGCGUGGCGAUGCAGAGGCUGGUUUAUGAGUGGGCCAUUGGGAAGAACAUGCGUGAAUUCACCUGUAUUUUUGACCUGCGCUUCAGAGAGCUCAAUCUGACUGACACGCCACUGAGUUUACUGGAUCUGCUCCAGGAGCGAUUUCGGUAUCUGAAGGAAGCUCUGCCUGAUCUUUUGGCCUCACCAGAAACUUUGCUCUUCAUCUUGGAUGGGUUGGAUGAGUUCAAAUUCCCUUUGGACUGGAAGAGCCAGGGCAAGAACGUCAACGUGGGCUCAAAGGUGUCAGUGUCAGAGCUGAUGGUGGCUUUAAUCAAAGGAAGUCUUCUUCCACAAGCGUCGGUCAUUCUCACAACAAGGCCUUCCACUGAGGCUCCCAAGAAUUUCUUCCAGAGAUGUUGUGUGGUUCUUGGCUUCGAGGAGGACCAGGUGAAGGAAUACACUGAAAAGUUCUACAACGACAACCAAGUUGCAGCAAAGGUCUGCGAGUACAUAGUGAACAACGACAACAUUUUUGCUCUGUCCUUCAUUCCGCUUUAUUGCUACAUCAUCUGCACUGCUAUGGCAGAGUUCUUCAGUUCAUCAGCUCAAACUGACGGUGACUUCAGUUCUCUUGAGGUAAACCCUCCCAGAACAGUCAGCGAGGUGUAUUUCUGCUACCUCUUCACUGUCAUCAAGCACCAUGCGCUGAAGGGCAGCGCAGGAAGAACCACACCUAGAUCUGAGGUUCUUGCUCUGGCCAAGCAGCAGCUGACAAACCUGGGUAAGCUGGCUUACCAAAACCUGCUGCAGACCAAGAUCAUAUUCAGCAGAGAGGAUUUGAAGAACUACGGCGUCACUCCCGCUGAUAUUCAGAGCACUUUUCUCUGUCCUCACAAAGAAGAGACUGUGGAGACGUUUUCUUUCUUCCACCUGACUGUUCAAGAGCAUCUAGCUGCCCUCUACUGUGCCACCAACCUCUUCAGUCAAGAGGACAUAAUGCAGGCUCUGGACUUGUGGUGCUUUGGGAUACAUCCGUCAUCCUCCACUGUUGCACUCCUGCGAAGCAACGACCUCAACAUGGACAAGCUGGAGAACCUCCAGAUGUUCACUCGCUUCUUCAUGGGAAUGCUUCGAGCUCGGCUUGCAGGUCAGCUGGAAGGCCUCAUUGAUCCAACUGUGAAACGUGUGGACGACAUCCCCACCAGGCUGGGACUGUGGUUUCAAAACCAGUUUAAGGAAAGAAAACUGAAAAACCAAACAACACUGAAUCUUCUCCACUGCUUAAUGGAGUUCCACAUAGAGGAGACCACCAGCAUCGCAGCACCAGAGAUCAAGACACUCAACCUUUUCAAAAUGAAGCUGAGUGUUGUUGACUGUGCGGCCAUGCACUACGUGUUGCAGUUUUCUCCCCACAGUCUAAAGGAGUUGAACUUGGGUUACUCCAACAUUGGAAACAGAGGACUCGACAAGCUGGGACCGAUAUUACAUCGCUGUGAAUGUCUCUAUUUGAGAUACAACUGUCUGGACAAGCAAGCGGCAGUUUUGGAAUCUGAAGUUCUGAAAUCGAAUCAGUGCCAAGUCAAGAAGCUCUACAUGUGUGGCAAUAACCUGGGUCCAGAGGGUGUUUUGAAGCUGUGGAAUGCUUUGGAACACAACACCACUGUGGAGGAACUCUAUCUGGAUAUCACCGGCAUCACAGAGAGAGGAACAGAAAACAUCGCCAACAGCCUCAGCAAAAACACUUCUCUGAAGACGCUGACCAUUGUUGGGAAUGACAUCGGAGAGGAGGGGAGGAGGAGGCUGAGGGACCUGGAACAAUGCCGACCGGAUCUAAGGAUCAUUGCAAACUUUGUGGAUGACCUCGGUUUGCUGCAGGCCUACCUGGACUGGGUGGAGGAGAUCCAGGUAGACAGAGACCAGAUGGACUCGGUGAAGAAUGCAGACGCCCUGCAGUCGGUGCUGAAUGGGCUCCGGGUGGCAGGAGUGGAGAAAGGAGAAAACGCAGAGAAGGCCAAGGAGCUCCAGACAAAGAUUGAGGAGUUACUGAAGUUUUCCACAGAUCUGAUGGGAAAGAAAUAA